UGGAUCCUCCAGUCUUUAGAGUUAAAGCAUUAGUAGCUCCGACAUGAAUGAACACUGCGAACUCUUCCUCAGUUUUUACUCUUAAUUGUCCGAGUUAACGAAUCCAUGACCAACUGGAUGAGCCAAUGAAUGAACAAGUGACAUGAAUAACCGCAGUCCCGAUGUGCAACGCCAAGAGAUUGACCGUGUGCUGCAACUAAAGCGGAAGCAGCGCGAGGCUAAGGCCUGCUAUCCUUGUCGCCAGCGCAAAGUCAAGUGCGAUAGCGGCCAUCCUUGCAGAACAUGUCAAAAGCGUGGCCACCCCCAUAUUUGUGCCUAUGAUGUGUCGAAAGACUCGUCGCGACACUCGUUUCCCCGGUCGGGGAGGGUGGAUCCCGUUCAAGCAUCGCCGUCGCAUCCGCAAACUGGUAUUGGUUCCCCGGUGACUCCAUCACCGUCGGCACUUAAUGGAGCGGAACCCGAGAGAGCGCAACCGCUGGAUGCGACUUCAUCAUCGGGAGUGGCUCCGAGUUCUGGGUCGACUAGCCGUGAUCGCUCGUCUGAUUAUGUCUUCUCCGGGCAGAACUCUGUGGUCUCCAUUCUCCGGCUUCAAGACCCCGACGGGUCCAUGGCGCGAGAGGCAGGGUCUGUGUUGGGUCUGCAGAACACAUACGAGUACUAUCCAUUUCUUGACAUUAAGACUCCGACAGAUCGGUGGUGUGCACUUCUGGACAUACUCCCUCAGAGAACGGAGAUCUUAAAAUUUUUUCACCACCAUCGCUUGUCUGCACACCCUUUUAAUCCGAUCUUGGUAGAUAUUGAUGGAGUUGAAUCCGCCAUAUGCACCUUUCUGGAGUCGGUGGCGUCCGGGGAACUGAGUAACCCAAACAAAAUCUCGGAGCGCUGGUCUUCCGAUAAGUCCAUUGGCCAUAUCAGUCUCCUUUUGGCGACCUUGGCUUCUGGUGCUCACUUUUCAGAUCUCGAAAACCCACAACGCUCUGAAGUAUGCCAGGAUCUUGCACGUCGAUCAUUCCAGGCCCUAAGAUUGGCCAAUUUCCUUUUCCGGCCCUCCCUGGACAUUGUUCAAGCCAUGCUCAUCCUUGGAAACAUGUUGCAGAAUAAUGGCCAGUCUGACGCAGCGUGGGCGUUGCUUGGGACCACCGUCCGCUUAGCCCAAGCUGUUGGCUUGCACACCGAACGCGGCACUUCAUAUUUACCAGAAAGUGUCCGCCUGAAGGCCAAGAAGCUAUGGUCCAUGACUGUUUGGCAGGACUGCUUAUUGAGCCUCUGUUAUGACCGUCCACCAGUGGUCUCCACCUCGGGUUGGCAGCAGAGCAUUACUGUCACGCCUGCACUCGCAUUAUCGUUCACGGAUGUGAUGCACUUUCUCUGUCAGUUGGGCCUAGAUAUUGCCAAGGUUCAGGAACCUGAGCAUUGGGAUUUGACGCGCGCCACUGAGCUAUUGAGCGCAUUAGAUGAUAUCUACAGCCGUGCCCAGCCCCAUCUACUCUCCCGAGACCAUUGCCAUUGUUUGCAGGAGCACCAGGAGCAUCUCGCCCUUCGGAUGCACAUGUCAUUUUGUGUGUCGGUGCUCUGCCGGCCGACCAUCCGAAGUUCUCCAAGCCAUUUAGAUGACCCUCGUUACAGCCGCCUACGGCUCCGAGCCAAGGAUAGUCUUGUGAGUGCGUCGAAUGCAUUCUUGGACUUCCAAACUUUGAGCAUCGUGCCCUUGCGAACCUGGUCAAUGGUACACACAGUCUUGAGCUCCACAUUGCUCCUCUGCAUCUGGCAGGAAACUCGGAAUGACAACGAAUGUCGAGACUUGCAGCAGAGAGUGAUCACAGUCUUCUCAACGGCAGACCCCGCAAGGAAGGACACUAUCGGUGGAUCGGAGGACGGGCAGUGGUUAUCCGCGCGACAUAUUCGUGCCCUUGUGGCUCUGAGAAAUGCUGUCCGCAAUGCGCCGCUUAAUGCAACUGGUCAAGACGGCAAUGGAUCGCAAGGGGAAGGCCAAACUGCCUACCCUCCCCUGAACCCCAAUGUAAAUGAACUUGUGGCGCAAGAUCCAAUGUUUAUGCCCGGAUUCGACCUAGGCGGAGGUUUGACGAUAGGGGAUGGAAACUACAUCCCGGAAGGCGUGCUCGACAAUACGACGGACUUCUCUCCGGUGACCUACCUGGAUUCCAUUAUGAACGUGCCAUUAUUUAAUAUCUCUGAAGAUAAUGCAUUCUUACAAUAGCUUGCGCUUAUAGCGACCUUUAAUUUCAAUGCUGAUGCCUAAAUUCGGAUAAUACUACCGCUCUCAAUUGCUGUUCUUCCACGGCGAGUCACCAGGCCGUAUAAGGUUCGUCGAAUGUGGAACUCGCGCCUUAUACGGUUGGAGCUUCUCUAUUAAGUGGUAGAUGCCACACUCUAGAUACGCUCGCGCGACCUUUCACUGCAACUCUUCGCGCCAAGCAGCACGGUCCCCCUUCCGAAGUUCUAGAACAAGUGUGUUGCGCGAUGCCUUUAGUUCUCGAAAGCACGUGCAUGGGAAGGCCCCGAUCGCAUAUGGCGUUG